AUGGCCUUAUAUAUGAGGUCGCCUCCUCAAUUUGAAUACAUGGAGGGCCUCAACAUCUUUAGCAACGAACCACUCGCUCGUCAUAAUCCCUUCGACCCGCCUAUCCCGACUACGUGGGGUCUCAGCUCUGAUGAUGACAGUGACGACACUCACCCCGAACCCUUUUUGGGCUAUUCCCAGAAUCGGGACUCGGAGGUCACCUCCGGCUCGACCCUCCUUUCGACACCGCCGACGGAAUUUCUCCAACAAGGCGAGAAUGAUGACUUGGAAUCCAAAGAGGUCGAAAUCGCAUCGGAUGUCGUCAUUGCAGAUGAGAGUCCAACAUCAUUGUUCUCCUGGCGUCGUGACGUCUCGUAUCAUGUUGUACACGGAGGUAAGACAGGAGUCUGCUCAUGGGAGGACUCAGAACUGUACCCACAGGUGAAAUUGGAUCAAGGUUCGUACUUGGAUCUACCCGUCGG